UCCGAGGUCACAGAGCUGCUUGCCCCCGAGGGCUCACCGGCCUUUUCUCACAGACAGCUGCAGUCUCCAGCCUCAGCUUCAGGAGAAUAUGAAAGUGUUACUCAGGCUUGUGGGUUUCACAGCUGUACUGAUUUCUUCUCUGAAAGCCGAUAUAUGUCAGGAACGUGAAGAAGAAGUAGUUUUAGUUUCAUCUGCAUAUGAAAUAGAUGUUCGUUCAUGUCUUCUUAACCCAAAUGAAAAGAAAGGCACUAUAAUUUGGUAUAAAAAUGACAGCAAGACACCUAUAUCUAUGGAAGUAGACUCCAGGAUUCAUCAGCACAAUGAUAAACUUUGGUUUGUUCCUGCUAAGGCAGAGGAUUCAGGACAUUACUAUUGUGCAGUAAGAAAUGCAACUUACUGCCUCAAAAUUAAGAUAACCGCUAAGUUUGUGCAGCAUGAACCUAACUUGUGUUACAAUGCAGAAGCUAUAUUUACACAGAAACUACCCGUUGCAAGAGAUGGACAACUUGUGUGUCCUUAUUUGGAUUUUUUUAAAGAUGAAAAAAAUGAGUUACCCAAAAUACAGUGGCAUAAGGAUUGCAAACCUCUACUACUUGACAAUAAGAACUUUUCUGGACUGACAAAUAGACUCAUCAUGACAAAUGUGACUGCAGCACAUAUGGGGAACUAUACUUGUCAAGCAUCCUAUACAUACUUGGGAAAGCAAUAUCGUAUUACCCGGGUUAUAGAACUUAUCACUCUAGAGGAAGACAAGCCCGUGAAGCCUGUAAUUGUGAGUCCAACUAAUGAGACAAUGGAAGCACGUCUGGGAUCCAAGCUACAGUUGAUCUGCAAUGUCAGUGGCCAGCUGAGUGACUUUGUCUACUGGAAGUGGAAUGGGUCAUUAAUUGAUGAAGAUGACCCAGUGCUGGUGGAGGAUUAUUUGCCAGUGGAAAAUCUUUCAGCCAGAGGAAAGAACACAAUCAUCACUGUGCUUAAUAUUUCACAAGUGGAAAGUAGAUUUUAUCUAUAUCCAUUUAUCUGUGUUGCCAAGAAUACAGAUGGUAUGAAUUCGGCAUAUAUCCAAUUAAUACAUCCAGUCCCUGAUUUCAAGAAGCACACAAUUGGUAUAUUUGUCAUGUUAACUCUAGUAAUUACAUGCUCUGCUUUCAUCUACAAAAUCUUCAAGGUUGACAUUGUGCUGUGGUACAGGGAUUCUUGCUAUGAUUUUCUCCCCCCAAAAGCUUCAGAUGGAAAGACCUAUGAUGCAUACAUACUAUAUCCAAAGACCCUUGGGGAAGGGUCCACCUCGAAUUCAGAUACUUUUGUGUUUAAAGUCCUGCCUGAGGUCUUGGAAAAACAGUGUGGAUAUAAGCUGUUCAUUUAUGGAAGGGACGCCUAUGUUGGGGAAGACAUUGCUGAUGUCACUAAUGAAAACAUAAAGAAAAGCAGAAGACUGAUCAUCGUUUUGGUCCCAGAAGCAUCAGGAUUGGGCUGGCUGGGGAAUUCAUCUGAAGAGCAGAUAGCAAUGUACAAUGCUUUCGUUCAGGACGGGAUUAAAGUUGUACUGCUUGAACUGGAGACAAUCCAAGACUAUGAGAAAAUGCCAGAGACCAUUAAAUUCAUUAAGCAGAAACGCGGGGCCAUACGCUGGUCAGGGGAUUUUAGAGAGGGCGUGCAGUCUGCAAAGACAAGGUUCUGGAAGAAUGUCAGGUACCACAUGCCUGUCCAGCGACAGCCACCUUCGUCCAAACACCAGCUACUGUCCCUGGCUCUGAGACCAGACUCUAAGAAGAAGCUUCCGAGGGAGGUGCAGGUGCCUCUCGGGUAGCAGGGAGAAGCUUGGCCAAGAAUUCCUUGUGACUCCUGUCCUCCGGCAUCACAGGCCGGGCUGUGCCCGCACUGACUGUACAGUCAUAAAAUGCCCACGUAGAGUCCCUUAUCCUUGAGAUCACCUGGAAUCGGAUUGCUCAGGGAACAGGAUGUGGUGACGGUAGCAGGUCAGGGCAGUUCAGAAUGAGGGCUCACAAGUCCUUUGAAACUGGGCCCCGGACGUCCCGUCUGAAUGUUUGAACUGCUGAGAACAGACACCAGGACAGCAAAGAACAAUAAGAACAACUAAGAACAAUCAGGAAACAUUUACCCUCCAAAAAGGUUUUUUGGCGCUGUCCACAGUCCAGGGAGGGCAGCUGUGGCCCGGCCCGGGGACGGCACAGUCACCGGCUCCCCCAGGGGCUUCCCUUGGCGCUGCAGCAGGCCAAGUGAGACUGGUAUUUCACAGAGGAGGAAAGAAGCAUGCUUGGAGAACUUUCCAUUUGCUCUGCACUUUCCCUACUCAUUGACAGCCGGCAGUCAGUUUCCAAAGACUGAAUUUCAUUUCGUGGCCCUUUAAAAUUCUCAUUUCAGUAAAGAAAGGAUUGCACGUUUUUGAGAUCACCUUAGCUUUCUGCUGGAGAGAGAGCAUUUCCGAAGCAGGAGUAGCAGAGAAUUGAUGCACCUCCGGACGCCAUCCCCCCUGGAACGACCCUUCUGUCGCACCUUCCUCUUGCACAUUCCACUUGACUCAUCUUUGGAAGGACAGCUUCUCAGUCCCUUUCUCCUUCCUCUCAAUCGCACACCUGGGCCAUGGAUUCACCUUCCUUCAUACAGUGCUGCUCUAAGCUCCUAAAAACACCUCUGCGGGCUCCUCCUGGUUUAGGACUUAAAGCCCAAUUCCCCACUUGCAUUUCACCGCUGCCGCCCCCUUCCCUACCCCACCCCCCCACCGCCCCGGUCUGUCUGCACAGCUGUGCCCCUCACUGUCCUGCUCUGUGAACUCCCACAUCAGCCUUUGGGCCCCUUCAUACCUGCGCCUCGUGCUCCUUCAUCUCUGCUUCUCCUUCCUGUCUCCUCUGACCAAAAUGCCUUCUGGAAUUUUCUCCAGCCCGCCAGAGUUGUAUGAAAUUCAGGAUUUACCCUAGCUCUGUUUCUCGAAGAGAUUUCCCCAAGAAACUGCCCUAAGACACCUGCUGUCUGGUGUCGGUCUGACUACAGCACGUGGUCCAUUGGCCAUCACUUAAUGAGAAGGUUGUUCUAUGUCCAGCUAGAGACCCUGCUGUCUGCAGGAGAGGCUGGGGGUGUGUCUCCUGUAGGCUGUGGUGCCUGCACUUGUGACAUAGGUUUGUGUGGGGCUUUCUUGUUGAAGAGUGUCCACAGGUUCUCAUAUUUAAGUUUUGCAAUCAUCCGAAUUUUACAGAGAAAAUAAGUGACCUGUCUUUUUAAAAAUCACGCUUAGUGCUGUCUGACCUAGGCCUUCUAGCUCCGUCGCUGGCUUCUUAGUGCGCUGUCCUGAACGCUUGACUUCAGGUCAUCGAAUGUCCCCUUGGCCCCUACCCUGGCACUUUUGUGAGAAGAAAUGACCGUCUUCCGGGAGGGUGGCCGAGUCUAGAGAUGCUCUCAUUUAAGAAACCAAAUUCUAAAUUUCUGAGCGUUGGAAUUUCCAAAAAUUGUUUCGAUUUUACGGAAAAUGUUUCUGCUCUCCUAGAUUCUUUCCCAAAAGGUAGAUAUUUCUUAGUGAAUUAAAAAUGAAAGCAAGUUGGUGUUUUGGUCCAGGACAUGGUAUUUUAAAAUGUGAUCAUAGUCCUCAGAGAAACCCUGGAAAACUGCAAAGCCAAGUUCACGUGCCAUUUGCUGAGGGACAUGUGUACCAUUUUAGAAGUUGUAUGAACAUGGACAGGCCCUUUGUUUUUUUAAUUUUUUAAGUUUAACGUUAUGGGUGAACACAGCCUCAUCUAGUAUAUUUUUCUCCCCGAAGGUGGUCAGAGCCAGACAGAAACAGAGUUGAACGCUUUGCCUCUCCUCUCUCCACCUGCUUUUUCUUGGAUCCAAUCUGACAGCACCAAGUAAUUGUGCUGUUUUGCGACUGUUGCUGCUGCUGUUUUUAAAAAACUGCCUUACUUUUAUUUGCCGGAACACGCGGACUGUAGCCAGAAGUCUGAGGGGCUCGGGUGGGGGGGCUGAUGCUUAGAACGUAUAAUGUUGUUGAUCAUUUGUAGUCUGUCAUCUGUAAAAUAUACUUGCCGUGUAGUCCCACGAAAGCCAAUUCUGAAUAUUAGACUUGGCAGCAAAGUUGGCCAGAAAGUAAGGAGCAGGGAGAAUAACCAAGAAUUGUCAGUGGCAUUUGCACCUGGCAUUUCGGAAGGGACAAGAACCAAGGGAUGUUUCUGGGAUCCAGUCUGACAGCAGGAGGGACUGCUGGGGACCAGGAGGAGCCCCAACGGGAAAGUGCAUGUCAUCAUGUCACUCCCGGUGCUCCCAGGGGAGGAUUCCGGGGGAAGGAGCUACACUCCUAGCUCCCUGGGAACUUCCUUUGUUUUGUUGUUUUCCCUGAAAACCUCUUUUAAGCUCUUCCUUUCAGGCCUUUCCCAUUAAUUAGAUUUUACUGCAUUAUCCGAAGGUGAUUUUUUUGUUCCUGUGAGCUUUUAAAGGAAAGUUUGCCACAAAGCAUUUCGCUUCCAGUUGUCCAAACUGGCUUAGCAGAAUUUAUAUCUUCCUUCUCUCCCCCACCCCCCUUUGUUUAUUUGCAAUAACAGAAAAGGUAGUGAGCCAUUUUUUCCCCAGUGGUAUUUUUGAUACAUUAUAUUUUUACUGGUUGACGAUGAAGGGUUUUUUAAAAACUUGUUUGUACCAUUCUAAGCAGAUACCAAGUAUUUUUAUAUAAGAAAACACCAGAUUCGUGUAUAGCACGUAUCACUGAUUGAUGGACUGUACUUGUUUUCCAAUAAAAUUGGCAAAAGCUGGUA